CUUGCUAUCGUAAUAGAUGUAAUACAAGGGCAUCCUAUUAAGCCUGUGAAAGCGGCGCUGUACAUCAGUAGAAUGGAGCUCUUUUUUAAAACUCCACGCUCUGCAGUGGGCUUUCUCUUGUCUACUGUACUCCCUCCCAAGAAGCCUAUCGUGCAGCCAUGGUGCUUUCUGGAGUUGGUGAUGCCCUUGGAUAUCGCAACCAGCGCUGGGAAUAUUGUACUUCGGGGCCCCAGAUCCACCAAGAGCUCCAGGAAAUGGGGGGACUUGGCAAGAUACAUGUAAUUCUUCCUGAUUGGCCAGUCAGUGAUGACACUGUGCUGCACCUGGCGACUGCUGAGGCCCUUGCUACAGGGAAGACUGGAGAGUCCUUGUUCCAGGAGCUGGCAAGAUGCUAUGUAGAGGCCAUGAAAGAUAUGGAGGGAAGAAAACCUGGGCCCACCAGUAUUCUGGGAACAUCUCAGCUACGUCCAGGAGAGCCAGGUGGAUAUCACAUUCCCUUCAACUCUUACGCAACUGGUUGUGGUGCAGCUAUGAGAUCCAUGUGCAUUGGGCUGAGGUAUCCUCAGCCUUCUGAUCUCAACACCUUGAUCAAAGUCAGCAUAGAAAGUGGAAGAAUGACGCAUCACCACCCCACAGGUUAUCUGGGAUCUCUGGCUUCGGCUCUCUUCACUGCGUAUGCUGUCCAGGGACUGCCCCUUGAGCUCUGGGGAUGUGGGUUGCUGAAGACUCUGCCCCUUGCCCUAGAAUACAUCCAGGCUGCUGGGAUUGAGACUGAAGCCAAUGUAGCAGCUUGGCCCUAUUUCCAAGAGAAGUGGGAAUGGUACCUCUCAGAACGGGGUCUCAUCGAUGGCCGGGGCCCAGUUCGAUUCCCUCCUGCCUAUGGUCCUGCCGAGCGGGAUGUCAUCUACAAAACCUUCAGCCUGGAUGGGUGGGCUGGGCGCAGUGGCCACGAUGCCCCCAUGAUUGCUUAUGAUGCCCUCCUGGGUGCUGGGAGCAGCUGGGAGCAGCUCUGUGGACGUUCCAUGUUUCAUGGUGGAGACAGUGACUCCACAGGGGUGAUCGCAGCUUGCUGCUGGGGCCUUACAUAUGGUCUCCAAGACAUCCCAUCUGGAAAUCACAUGGAACUGGAAUACCGAGACAGGAUGGUCUCUGCAGCUGACUCUCUCUAUCGCCUGGCUUGGGAGCAGGGGUCUGUUUGAGAAGCCGUUCCCAUAUCUAAUAUCCUCAAUUCCUGGGAAGGCAUAAGCUGAAAACUUUCAAUAGAUUGAAAACUGCUGCUUUCAAAAUAAAUUGUAGCUGUAUUCUGUCUUGCUUUUAUGAGCAGCAAACAAGUUCGGCAUCCAUUCCUAUUCUGACACAAGAAUGCCAGCAGUGCUCUUAUUAAAAAUAAAUUAUCGUAAAUAUAUUUAGGUGCAUCACCUUUAUUAAAAAAGCUAAUAAUGAAGCCUAAAAUUGCAGGUAACACAGGCAGAGGCAUUACAAGGUGAUGUUCAUAUUUUAGCAUGGCAUCUGUGCCUCCUUUUGAAGUUCAGGCAAUCAUGCUUUCUCAUUUGUUUAUUUUUUUAUUUGUAGCCCCACAAUUAUUGCUUUUACAAAGAGGGCAGUAUAUUUACUGCCUUGAGCUAUUUGUAAAAAUAAUGACAGGAUAGAAA